GCAAUUUGUUCCUGUAUUUAAGGUCAAUUCCAUGCGUUAAGCCAAACACAACAUAGCCUGUGAAUUUGGAGCUCUUCCUCAUCAUCGAUGGCGGCUGAUCUGACGCUACAUGGACUAUGGUCGAGUCCCUUCACCCAGAGAGUCAUCUGGGCUCUCCAAUUGAAGGGUCUGAGCUACGGGUACGUGGCCGAAGAUAUCGUCUGCAGGAGCGAGUCGCUGGUGCGAUACAAUCCGGUUCACCAGAAGCUCCCCGUGCUCGUUCAUAACGGAAAAGCGGUCGCAGAGUCCAUGGUGAUCGUCGAGUACAUCGACGAGAGAUGGGCGCAGAAUCCGCUUCUUCCGCGAGAUGCUCACGAGAGGGCCGUGGUCCGAUUCUGGGCUAAGUUCAUUGAUGAGAAGUCUAUACCCAUGAUGGAUUUCUUUCGUAACGUCGGAGAAAACCAAGAAAAAGCCAUGAACUUCACCUUGGACACCUUCAAAACAAUAGAAGAGUACGGCCUGGGUGGAAACAAAAAGUUCUUCGGAGGCGAGGAGGUGUCGCUCGCGGACAUCGCCUUGGGAUGGAUCAUCCACACCUUGCCGGUCAUGGAAGACAUAGUAGGAGUGAAGUUUGUGAAGGCCGAAACAUUCCCUCUUUUGCAUGAAUGGAUGGAGAACUUUAAGCAAGUUUCAGUGAUCAGGUCAAGCCUUCCAGAAUAUGAGAGAACCUUGGACUACUUCAGGGCAAAAAGAGAGAUGUUCAUCAAAUUUAGCUGAAAAGCACUAACAAAGAUCAUAGCAUUUUCUUUCUCAUUUUCGUUUUUCAUAUAUAAGAUUGUAUGGACUCUUGUACUUCUUGUUGCUUACGAACAAAGUCUUCAAAUGA